AUGGCUCGUGAUCGCCCCCUACCACUCGCCGAAGAAUGGAGGGAUGUCGACACCUAUGUCAAUGCGCUUCUUUCCUUCGCGAGUGAGAACUUGCUGUUCAUGAACCUGUGCGGCGGCGUGCAUAUCCUCGAUUUCCUAACGCGCGAACCCGAUAUCUAUACGGCUUUACUAUCCGAGAGCUGGAGAUCAUUCUUCGACCAGCACGACGUUCACGACAUCAUCCGUCUACUUCUUCGGGAAGACAUUGAGCCUUUGCGACAGGCUGCUACGAACGGUGACGCCCAAGAUGGUGACCGCACAUGGAAUGGAGGCGCAUUUCCUCCGCAAGAUCUGUUGGAAUAUAUCCACAAUGUACGCCGGCUGAGUCUCGAUCGAGACUUCACAUCUGCGCUCCCAAAAUCGACCAAGAGCACCCUGCCAAGACACAUUGCGGUGGGCAUGAACAAGAAGAAGGUUCACGAGGUCGAGCAUUUCUCCAAAUAUGUCGCAUCUCUAUCCGAUACUGUGCAUGAGCGUCGGGGUGAGCCUAUUUCCCAUAUUGUGGAUUUUGGAUCUGGUCAGAACUACCUGGGACGCACGUUAGCAAGCUCGCCCUACCACAAACAUAUCAUCGCAAUUGAGCGGAAGCAUCAGUAUAUCAGUGGUGCGCGGGAUAUGGAUGUUCAAGCUAGGCUAGCUAAGAAGGAAGAGAAGACUAUCUAUGUGCAGAAUCGCAAGAAGUCUUGUACUGACUGCGACGGUAAACCCGAGCUUGCAGCUCCUGAAUCAACAGAGACAGAGACGGGAGUGCCUCGGACCUCAACUGAAGAUCUGGAAGAACUCGAUGAGACAAUCGAGGAUGUUACGGCGUUCAAAAUGCUGGGUGAGAUCACUCUUGAAGCUGGCGAAAUCAUUGGCCCUGCCGCGAAAGAACGGCAAGCAAAGAAGGAGCAGCCUGAGAUCGACACUCGAGGAAUUAUCAGCUACAUUGAGCAUGAAAUCCUGGACGGAUACCUAGAGCCUAUCAUCGACCAUGUUGUCAAUCCUUCUCUUGAAGUCACCAACGGAGAGCCAUCAGAAGAUAAUCAAGAGACGGCGAUUACAACACACGCAGACGCAAAGACGCAGGACCCUCGUGUGAUGGUCGUAUCCCUGCACUCCUGUGGAAACCUUGUUCACCACGGCGUGCGCUCGCUGAUCCUUAACCCAUCCGUCGUGGCCGUGGCCAUGAUCGGCUGCUGUUACAACCUGCUGACCGAACGUCUGGGUCCGGCUACAUAUAAAUUGCCCAUCCUCCGCUCCCUUCAUCCCCGCUUAACCGAAACUGGAUGCGCGUACGACCCUCAUGGUUUCCCAAUGUCCAAAAUGUUCGAAGACUAUGAGAGCUCCGGCGUAAAGGGAAUGAAGCUCAAUAUUACCGCCCGCUCAAUGGCUGUCCAGGCCCCAUACAAUUGGGGUUACGCGGAUAGCGAGAGCUUCUUCACCCGCCACUUCUACCGCGCUCUAUACCAGCGUAUCCUUGUCGACCGCGAGGUGGUACCUAGACCCGGUCUCGUGAAGGAUCUGACUGGUGAAUCCAAGGGUACAACGCCUGUGAUCAUCGGAUCAUUGCGCAAAGCUGCAUUCACAUCUUUCAACUCCUAUGUCCGCACCGCAACAGCGAAAACCAGUCGUGACCCAAUUCACGGUGCGAAGAUUCGAGAGCGAGUUGCCCCAAUGACAGACGAGGAAAUCGAGGUCUACGAGACUAGAUUCCAACAGGGAAGAAAGAACCUCAGUGUCGUCUGGAGUUUGAUGGCAUUUAGCGCUCAGGUCGUCGAGGCCGUUAUCGUUGUUGACCGAUGGCAAUUCUUGCGCGAGCAUGACAAUGUCAAGGAGUGCUGGGUUGAGCCCGUGUUCGACUACAGUUUGAGUCCACGGAACUUGGCUGUGAUUGGACUUAAAAAGUGA